AUGGAUGGAGGUGCUGCUGCCAUCGAAGUUCUUGUCCAAAACCUGAUCAAUGUUUUGAAGGAAGAUUACUCUCUACUUCGGGGUCUCGAUGGGGAUGCCCAGCAGCUUCAGAUGACUUUGGGCAUGAUUAAAGGCUACUUGAAUGAUGCUGAGAAGAAAUUCAUCACCCAAGAUGCUAUUAGAUUCUGGUUGAGGAAGCUUGAAGCUCUAGCUUUCGAUGCUGAUAAUGUAUUGGACGAACUCAACUAUACUCUUCUCCAAAAACAAGUUAAGAAAAUGAAGACACCCACAGUCAAGAAUAAGACACUAUCAUGCUUCUCAUCGUGCAAAAGCAUUGCGCGUCGGCGUAAUAUGGCUCACACUAUAAAAAAAAUCAAUGCGGAGUUUGAGUCUAUGAGCAAAAAGGCAACAAAUCUUGGCCUUCAAAGUGCACUUCAGAAUGCACCUGCUGCUGCUGCUGCUGCUAAAACUUCCAUUGAGACUGAUUCGAUCAGUCGUGAUCCAAUCUUUAUUGGAAGAGAUGAUGAUGUGCCCAAACUAGUUGACAUGCUCACCCAUAUCCCCCAAGAUAAGCCCUUCUCCAUCGCUGCUAUUGUCGGUAUGGGGGGUAUGGGGAAGACUACACUGACCAAGAAAGUCUUCAAUCAUGAAAGCAUAAAGGAUCGAUUCAGAUCACUUAUUUGGGUUCAUGUUUCUCAAACUUUUGAUCCAAUCAGUCUUUUCAACAAAAUCUAUUCAACUUUAACUUCAAAUACUGGUCAUAGAGUUGAGAUCAAGGAAGUUAUCCUAAAAAAUCUUCAAGAAGCUCUCAGGGCUAAAACUUAUCUUCUUGUUCUUGACGAUGUCUGGAACGAAGAUGUUUUGAAAUGGAAAGACUUUAUGAAUUCCAUGGAGGGAGUAACUUCUGCCAAUGGAAAUUGCAUUAUCAUCACUACUAGGAAGGAAAAGGUUUCUUCAAUUGUUGAGCCAUUUCAUGUUCAUCCUUUAAAAGGCUUAUCCGAUAAUGAUUGUUGGUCCAUUAUCAGAGAAAAUGUUAGCAGUGGAGAUAGAGAAGUUCCGUCAAGAUUUGAGAAUAUUGGUAGAGAGAUUGCAAAAAGAUGUCAGGGUUUGCCCUUAGCUGCCAAUGUAGUUGGGGGUGUGCUUCGUCGCUGCAAGUCCGAAGAAGAGUGGCGUUCCAUCAAAGAAAAUUGGCUCUCGGGUGAUGAAGGAGAAAACAUCUCAAAUAUAUUGAAACUGAGUUAUAAUCAACUGCCUUCACCGUCACUUAAAAAGUGUUUUGCGUAUUGUUCGAUUUUCCCCAAAGGUCGAAAAAUCAUGAAGGAGGAGUUGAUUGAACUAUGGAUGGCAGAAGGGUUUCUUCAACCAAGCCAAAAUGAUGAUAUGGAGUCUGUGGGCAGUGUGUUUUUUAACGUCCUGCUACAGAGCUCUUUGUUGCAAGUUGCAAAGAAGGUCGGUGAUGAAACUGUGGAAAGUUGUGUGAUGCACGAUCUCGUGCAUGAUCUUGCAUCUUCUAUUUUAUCUUAUAAUGCAGAUGACAGCGCUCCAGUUCGAUACGUGUUUCAUAAAGAAGAAUCAAGCCAAAUUCCAGAACAAGAGGCCAAGCAUUUGCGGACAUUACUCUUGGAAGGUGAAACUUCUACCCUGUUCUCUAACUUCAAAUGUCUGCGCAAUCUAACUCUCAUAGGAAAUUAUACAAAGUUGCCUGAUUCAGUUAGUGACUUGAUACAUUUGAGAAAUCUUAAUAUAUCAAGUACAUACAUUAAAAGCUUGCCGGAGUGGAUUGGUGAACUCCAUCACUUGCAAACUUUUAGAGCAAAAAUAUGGGGAUUAGAGAUACUGCCAAGUACAUUCAAGUACUUGAUCAACUUAAGGCAUCUUCAUUUAUCACCAUAUACAAAGUUACCUGUGGAGAUUGGGAGAUUAUCAUGGUAUACAAAGUUACCUGUGGAGAUUGGGAGAUUAACUAGUCUACAAACACUACGACACUUUGAAGUGGGGAUAGAGAAGGGCUACCAAAUUGAAGAGCUUGGAAGUUUGAAGAAUCUCAAAGGAUCACUAUGGAUUCAGAAUCUUGAAAGGGUGCGUGACAAGGAAGAGGCUACGAAAGCAAAUGUGUUGCAGAAGUCAAACUUGUCUAAUUUGCGGUUAGAAUGGAAUGAGGAUAGUGGCACCGACGGAAAUUAUGAGAGUGUGUUGGAGGGCCUUCAACCUCAUGCAAAUCUGAAGGUGUUGGGGAUUCAAGGAUACAAAGGCAAAACAUUUCCCACAUGGUGUAAGAAGAUGGCAGUGCGGGAUGGGUCUCGAGGCUCUUGGGUACAACUUGAUAACUUGAUUCGGAUAACACUUGAGAAUUGCUCAGAGUGUGAGGAAAUCCCAAUGCUGGAUCACUCAUUGCCUAAUCUCAAAUAUCUUUCUUUGAUUCAUUUGAAUAAGGUGAGGUCCAUAAAUUUCUCCUUGAAAAACUUAAAAAAUCUCUAUAUAUACGGAUUAGAGAGAUUACAAUAUCUUCCAGAAUCGUUAUUCUGUCACAGCCAAAGUCUGUCAUAUUUAGUUGUUGUAAAUUGCCCUGUGUUGAGUGAAUUGCCAGAUGGGUUGGACACCCUCAAUUCUCUAGAAAUAUUGACCAUCAGUGACUGUCCAAAUCUGCAGUGGAUUGAGAAUCCAAGUCGUGGAGCAAAAAAAUAUCAUGGAAUCCUCCGUGAGCUGAGAAUUGAAGGGUGCGGAAAGCUGAUGGAAUUGCCAUGUCAAAUUCUAGAGUCGUCUGCACCCACAAUCAAGAUACUCAUAUUGGUAGAAUUAAGGAGCCUAAAGAAUCUACCAAUGCUAAUUGACUGCCUUGCUAAAUCAUCUCCUUGUCUUGAACAAUUGAUAAUCAAAGGUGUUCCUAAUUUCAUGGCUAGUGGUUCUAUUGAGAGUUGGGAUUUAGGCAGGUUGAUGAAAUUAAAAAUAGAUGUGAGUGUGGAGUGGUCAAUGGAGAAUAGUGUUGCCAUUGGAGAGACAGUGGAAGGCAUGUUGCAAGACUGUGGCAACUCACUUAAGGUGUUACAUUUGAAGGGGGUGGAAAACUGGGAGUGGGUGCCCCAAUCAUUUCAACACUUCACUGCUCUUUCUGAGUUGAAGUUAGAGAAUAUAGGGGUACAAGAAUUGCCCCAAUAUAUUCAACACCUCACUGCUCUUUCUGGGUUGGAGUUGGAGAAUAUAGGGGGAGAAGAAUUGCCCCAAUCAAUACAGCACCUCACUGCCCUUUCUUGGUUGACAUUAAAGCAUAUGGAGAUACAAGAAUUGCCACAAUGGUUGGGAAACCUCAUAUAUAUAUCGAGGUUAAGUCUAGUUGGUUGUAAGAAGUUGAGGUGUCUGCCCUCUGCGGAUGUAAUGAAGUGCCUCACUCAUUUAUUGUGGUUAGAAAUUAAAGAUUGUCCAGACAUAUGUAUUGAUUCAGAGUGGCGCAACCAAUCGAAUUUCAACAUCAAGGUUGAUGGCGUCUCCAUUUGAAUGUUGUAGCAAAGUGCAGAGGUGAAAAUGGAGUCAAGAUGAAGUCGGAACCAAAAGGCAAAAUCGAAAGACAUUCGACGUUAACUGCAGGAUUCACAACAUUCCACAUGCAUGCGUGAGACUUUCCACGUGGACAUCACAACAUCCCACACGCACGCGUGGGACGUCAUGCUCUGUCCAGAACAUCUUCUGCGAGCCGUUGUAGCAGAUUCAUGAUCUCAUUGACAAACUACCACCGACAUCAUCAUGAAUUCUACGGUUAGGUGUACUUAGUAUGUGUGGCUAGUUCUUCUAUUUUGGUCCUAGCAUUAGUAGGAUUAAAUGAUAGAAUAAUUUGUUGAAAUCUAUAUUUAAUCCAUUGCUUUGGUUUUCAUCUAUA